GUUGUUACAAGAUCACUACGGUAUUUAGCCACGCUCAGACCGUCGUUUUGUGCGUGGGUUGCUCGACCGUGCUGUGCCAGCCCACGGGGGGCAAGGCGAGGCUGACAGAAGGCUGCUCUUUCAGACGAAAGCAGCAUUAA